UUGUGAAGGAUUUGAAAUAUGCUGACACACAUGAAUGGAUUAAGGUUGAUGGCACAUCUGCAAUGGUUGGAAUAACAGAUCAUGCUCAGGACCACUUAGGUGAUGUCGUGUAUGUGGAAUUGCCUGAAGUUGGUUCCAACGUGACACAGGGAAAGAAUUUUGGGGCAGUUGAAAGUGUCAAGGCAACUAGUGACAUCAAUUCUCCUGUGUCUGGAGAAGUAGUUGAAGUUAAUUCUGAGCUAAAUAACUCUCCUGGAUUGGUUAAUGCAAGCCCAUAUAAAGAUGGAUGGAUUAUAAAGGUCAAAAUGAGCGAUGAAGGCGAGUUGAACUCAUUAAUGGACUCUGAUCAAUACACAAAAUUCUGUGAGGAAGAAGAUGCCAAACAUUGAGGCAUUUCUAGCUUGUCUAACCAAAAUUCGCAGUUUGAAUUUUACCAAUGCUCCAUUUCAUGCUUCACAAAAGCUGAUUGCUCCAUCGUGCUAGCAGGCUCUAGUGGUGAUCCUUUGAUGUAUGGAAUAAUCACCCUCAAACUUUCUAUCCUUUUUUCCUUUGAGCUUUGUAAAUUGCUAUUGCACUCGUUUGCUUUUAAUGGUGCCUUUAAAUACGAAUUCCUUUUCAACAGGAUCUUUCAUGCAAAACUAUUGGCUGUGAAUUGUGAAGAUUUCUUGGUAUAGUCCUU